UCUAUUACUGCAGAAAUUGAAACUUUUUAAUAAAUUUCUAGUAAUUUAAGCUCCAAAAGUGGUUUUGUGAAUCGCAUGCUAUUUAUAUUAUGAAAUGUUAAAGUUUAGUAUAAGAGAACGCCUACUAAUUUACUGUAAAACUUAUUGCUGACUCGUUACAUUAUCAUAUUUUGUGCUAUCGGAACACCACGACAUUAUCAACAAUUACUAAUCAAAAAAUAUUUUAACUUGCAAGUUUAAAAGAUAGGCGAAACAUCGCAGCGAACAUUUAAAUAUAGAAACCCUCUGUGUUGCAGCAGCUUGCCACAAAAUUGCACUUUUUCAUUAACGAAUUAGGCUGGCAUUUAUGCAUUAAUGUGUUGAUAAUGUCGAAAAAUAAAGUAUCGAGCUCAAAACUCGAAAGUGAUCAGAUUGAAAUAAAAUCAAAGUUCGAUGCUGAGUUUAGACGGUGGUCCCUAAAAAGAUCCGAACCUCAUAAUUUCGAGGAGUUUCAGUCUCUUAUCGAGCGACUGCACAAACUGGACCGCUCGCAGUUGCUGGUAUCCUACAUCGACCCACGAGAUAAUGAUCUGCUGCCCAUUAAUAACGACGACAAUUUCGGGCGUGCUCUCACAACCGCCCGUCCGCUUUUACGUGUUAUCAUUCAGCGCAAAGGUGACAGUAUAGAGGAAAUCACCGGGUAUGGUACAAUGAGACCACGAAAUUUAAUUAGUAGCAUUCUUGGGCAAACACCGGUUAAAUCAAAAAGCUUGGCCAUUUCUAAUCCUCAUGAUUUUCGUCAAGUUUCUGCCAUUAUUGAUGUUGACAUUGUCCCAGAGACAUGCAGAAGAGUUCGCUUGUUAAAACAUGGUAGUGACAAACCGCUCGGGUUUUACAUUAGGGAUGGUACCUCAGUUCGAGUUACCGCCAACGGUUUAGAAAAGCAACCUGGCAUAUUCAUAUCCCGUCUAGUACCUGGUGGUUUGGCGGAAAGUACUGGCCUUUUAGCUGUGAACGAUGAGGUGCUAGAAGUAAAUGGAAUCGAAGUAAAUGGUAAAACACUGGACCAAGUUACGGACAUGAUGGUUGCCAACAGUUCGAACUUAAUAAUUACGGUUAAACCUGCUAAUCAAAGAACACUGGCCCCUCCUAGACGUGGUUCAUUUUCGAGAAACAGUCAACUUUCUGGAGGUUCUCAUCAGUCACACCACACUACUGGAUCAGAAGAAAAUGAUCAAGACGACCAAGACGAAAUUCGUGACCUUACCGGUGCAGCCACUUUGGAUGAGAACACUCUUAUCACGCAAAAAGAUGGUGUGUUGCAUCUUUAGAUUAAGCAGUCAUUCUGUUUAUUUUGUGCAUUGCCAAAAAUGCUGCUUCGAAAUAUUCGUUAAAACUAAAAUAGGUAUACAAUUCGAUUAUGUCUCCAUAGGAAAUGGCAACCACAGAUCAAUUGGGUCUUUUCAAAUAUGUUUUAAAUUUAUUGCAAAUAUCAGUAUUUAACUAACCAUUCCUACCCCUGUCACUUCACACAUUUUCGUUAAAUGUAUGCUUCGUUGAUUACUUGUAAAGUUAACUGUAAAAAUCCGCAUUAGCGGAAACAGUAAAAUAUUUUUCUACAUUUUACUAUAUUGCAAGUACCAGUAAAACUUCUUAACUUAAUAAUAUUUAUGAAAAACUUCAUGGACAGUGUGAUCACAGAAAGCAGAUAUCCAGGCAAUAGGCAAAACGUUCGUCAAAUUUAGUUAGGAACAAUAGAUGGUGGCGCUAAAGGUUAAAAGCACCUAAAAUGUUGAGGUAGUGUAGGGUAGCCAGUUCUUUUUACCUUGCGCAAGCGCUAUUGCAUACAAACUUGUAUAGAAACUAGUCAGUAUGCUAACCAUUUAAUCCUGAAAGGAAUAAUGUAGUUGGGAAUCUAUGUGCCGACGCUCGUUUUUUAAGUGAUUUGAAUUGGAUUUUUUAUACAGGAAAACCCCGAAAUAUUUAUUCCUGAAUGAUGGAUAUUUGUUCUCUGUUGCGUGGCUAUUACUCUUCCAGUAGUAAUUAGCGUGCGACACAUACGGCUUUGUAGUUCAAUGUAGAAUUCCAGUGGCGUUGGUGUUUCAUGGAAAUUUCUAUAGCAAACAUGGAAAUUUGAAAUUGGUUUUUGUUGGCGGUGAAUUAUGCUCCAGUGUUACAUCUGUUAGUCUGUGCUAAGCAGCAAACAGACAAAUAGGUCCGCGCAGACUUGAGCUAUUAGUACUUACCAUUUCUGCGCGUGCCCUUGGGGCCUUUAGUUUGCGGCGAUUCGCUUUAUAGAGCUUGCUAAGCCCAAUGCAAAAGGCUGUAGAAACUUAUCGUCUUUCAUCGAAACGUAUGUUUUUUACCGAAGUAUAACUGGAGGAAAACAAAAACAAAGCACAUUUUAAUGUGCAAAAUCUACCAACAGCAACAACAAAUCGCGCGUCGAUGUGUGCGUACGGUAAUCGGUAAAUGUCAGCAAGCUCAAUAAGGGUUGCUAGUGUGUGACUGUAUUGGUGGUUUGUGUGCAUCACGAAACACACUAGCAACCCUUACGCGCUAUUUAACUCUGUUCAGAAUAACCAAAAACGUAUGUCGCACGUCGAUUACUUUUCAACUGCAACAGCAAUAUUAUGCUUAAUGUGUCAAUAAGUACACUUAAAGAUGUGCUUUUUAUUGGCUUUUUAUUUGGCUUUGACGGAAAUAAAUAAAAAAAAUCGGACCUUGCGCGCACUUCACGGACUUUUAUGGAUUGUGAGAAUCAAAGCUAUUUUACUCGCUCCUUUUUGCACAAAAAUUACAAUUUGCUAUUACGAUACCGCAGUAUAGUGAGUUGUUAAUGAGUGUAAAAGACCGAAAUAUGUUGAAAAUAAUUUUCACGCAUUCAGCUAUGGGCAGUUCUGUGAGUGUAAAAGAAGGCGGGUGGUGUCAUAGCGAAUCUUGUCGGAAACUCUAUCAAUGCGAAUAACAUUCAAUAUAGAAAACUUAGGCGCAAUUUACAAAUUACCGUAUGGUCGCCAUCUACCGCUCAUUUAAAAACGAUUCAAGCUUAAUUUGUCCAUAGCAAAUCUAAAUUGAAAUCCAUCAAACCCCAAUUCGCGUCAUAAGAUACAGAAAACAAUUGUGUUUACAAGAAAAAUUUACUUUGUUUCUAAAUAUUUAAUAAUAGUGAUUUAAAAAAAAGUAAUGCAAUCUCAUGACCCCUUUUACCGCUCACUUUAAAUAUGAUGAUCCAUUCACCGCCCAUAUGGGUGCCAUUUACCGCUCAUAUUUUUUGCGGUUGCUAAAUAAAUAAAACCCGCGUCUUGACCCUUGUUUUGGGUUUGGCAUUUAUAGCGGAAUAGAACACUAAUAUAAAUACUGUUGACUUAUUUCAUGUUAUUUAGAAGAAUAGUUUCUAAAUAACCAAAGCAACAAGUUCGCUUGAGCUAAUAAUUAAUUUAGUCAUUUGCGCUCGGUCUUGAUAAAAACGCGAUCAAAAUGGCACGUUUCGCUCCUCACUAUAAAGAUUGUUUAUUUUGGAAAUGAGCUUUUAUGAAUAUAGUGCAAAUUUAUGUUUAAUUCGUAUAAAUAAACAUACAAAAUUAUUGUUUGCCAAUAGUUUUUAUAAUAAUGAACCAUUUUAAAAAGAUAUAAGCAUUUUUUGUUUGAAAUGAGCGGUAAAUGGAGCUGAGCGGUGAAUGGCGACCUUGGUAUAUUAACCAAACGGGUUAUAGACGUGUAUCAUCAGUUUUAUCUGCUGGUGAGUGUAUGUGUGCUAAACUAUCAUAGCACAUCAGUGUUUGUUGCGUCGUUCACAAAGGAUGUUACCCCCCCCCCCCCCCCUGCCCCACUUUUUUAAACAUUAGGCGUUUUAUCGUACAUUGCACAUUGAUAUUUAUCACUCCUUACAUCUUCAUCUUCGGUUCAUCUUCGGCUAUUGAAUAAUAGCUGAAUACAAGCCGACAAUUGUAUUUUUUUUAUAUUUUUGUGAUUAACCGUCCGAAAUCACGUCAACCCCCCCACCUCCACUUGAAAGCAACUACUUGAAAGAAUGUAUGCGUGUGAUUUUGAACCAUGUCUUUGGUAAAUUGACAGUGUGCACAGUGUUGAGUUGCGUAAUCUUCGUAUAAGCACAAUGGGGGCCCUAUUCUCAUACAACCUCACCUGAAUUUCGAAGGUGAAAAUGCAAUUUGCGAUUCUGAGAGUCACCUAGUUGACUCUGGUCAGCCAUUGACCGUACAAAUCAAAUGCGUGGCUUUCUUCCCACAUUCAUCUCACCUAUAUUUUUAAGUGAGGUGACUGUAAGAAUAAGGCCCUGCAUCAUUGAAGUUGGUUUUAGACUCACUGCAGUUUGAUAUUGGCGCUAGUUCAACCACAGAGAACAGACAUCCAAGCAAAAGGUUCCCACCGAAGUGGGAACACUUGGAUUAAACGUAUUUAAAAUUAGUUGGAAAACUAUAGUGAUGAUGUCGCUAAAAACGCAUGAAAUUCUACAAUAACUCACAACAGCUUGCUUUUGGUGUAAUGUUUAUAGUCCAUAUAAGUCCAUAGAUACUAGCCAAAGAGGCAAGCUAUUUUCAGUGUGCAAAUCAUUUAGUCUAGAAAAGAAUCCUUUACUUGAGAAACUAUAGUGGGGGGUCGCUCGCUAGUAUAAAUAUUAGGUGAUUUUAAUUUGAAAUUUUAUCCAAGAAUUCCCGAAGAAUUUGUUUAUGAAUGGAUGUCUGUUCUCUGUGUUUCAACUAUAUAUUGAAUCGUCUAUCACUGUACACAGCCGUUGUAAUUUCAAAACCAGUUUUCUUUAAUGAUCUAUUAAUAUGUUUGCGUACGCAUUCCGGAAAUUUGCAAAUAAUCUGUCGGAUUGCAGGAAAAAAUAUUAAAUUUCUGGAACGCGAUCACAAACAUACCACUUGUAUUUGGGCAAUUGCAUCUCCACUGUAUUAGUAUUACCCUUGUGCUUACGUUAUUAAAAAAUGGUUUUAUAUUAUAUUAAUCUUAUACUUGACAUUAACAUUGUUAACCCAGCAAAUAUUUAUGAUGAGUUCGUUUAUUGACCUGGUUGGCAAAUCGACCUGUAAACUAUAAUGCUAAACGGUUGAAAACUGCGUCCCUAUGCUUUGACCACACUUGGAUCAUGAGUCGUAAAAAUCGGGAUGAACCAAGUCAAUAACCGAAUUCGUUAUUUAAUUUAAACUAGCUGGUUGCUAUAGUUGCGAGAUAAACUUGAAUUUUUCUAUAACUAGUUUUUAUUACCGUUCAAUUGACCAGUUAUAAAUAGAAGUUUACGCUCAAUUGGUAUAAUACGCAUCAAAACUCAAAUUUUUCGCAUAGGUUAUUUAGAUACUAGUGCCUUCAAUCUUCCGAAAAGUAGAUGAGAUCCAUUUUGAUCACAGCAAUUCAAAGAAACUAUUAAAAAUGCCUUUAUUUGACCUUGAAAAGUUGCAAAGCACCAAGUGUCCGUUCUGUAAUUUAUACAGUGCACCUUAUACUAAGCAAUAUCUUAGAAGUCUAGCUGCUCAAUAGAAAAAAAAGUAAAUUUCAAUCGGUCAGACAAAUAAUAACAGUGAAGUGGCAGUCAAGGCAAUAAAACCCGAAGUGUCUGCAAUAAAGCAGAUGCCAAAAUCUAGCUUUGUGUGUAUCAUGUUUCGAAUAUAUGGAAAACCUCGAUGAAAAAUAUUGGCCUUGUUAUACAUAUACCAAAUAAAGUUGUUUAAAGUGGUGCGUCAUAUCGAAAAACGACUGCAGAAAAAUGUUUCAUAUAAUUAUUAAAACAGUAUGUAAAAUCAUUAACUGUUGCAGUAUCAAUUAAUUAAAUGUAAGUUUUACUUAUACAUUGCAUAUACUCUUUACUUUAAAAGUAUAUAUCAACUUGAAAACUGUCGUUAGGAAGAUCAUAAAUUAUUUAGUGUG